AUGAUUAAAUCUUCCCUGUUCGCGGCCCGAUCUGUAGCCCUAUGUCCCAUUCAAGCUUGGUUUUCUCUCCGCCCAUACACCCGUGAACAGCGUGCACUGAAAACUACACAGAAACAACAACAACGUUUAAAAAUUAUCAGAGAACGACAGUCCGCGAUUCCAAUAGUCAUACAGGGCCAGUUCUCCGGUACUUCUUCUUCUUCAACAGAUGCUUCCUAUGUCACGCCUGUUGCCGCCGAUUUUGAAAAUGUACCCUCAAAUGUACCACCACCAGAGGCGUCUCAAGAUGACACGUUGCUUGACCACAAAGAACUACAGCGCCUCUAUAGUCUCUCUGACGCUGACCGAGUAAAUGCCCACUGUGCCGGUUGUGGCGCCCAAUUACACUGUGCUCAGCCCGGGGCUCCGGGUUACCUCUCAGGGCCUGAAAUCCAGGCCUUGAAGAAUGCACAUUUUGGCGACAGGCCUGGAAGAUCUUUCAAAUCGAAGCUCACUAAGCUGUGUGUUCGUUGUCAGCUCACUCGUCAACACGAUAUGACAUUUCAGGAGUCCAUGUCAGGAGAGAAGUACGAUGAGCUCAUAAUCACGGAACUAAUGAGUCAGAAGAAGGCUGUAGUUCUAAUUGUUGCUGAUAUGCUCAAUCUGCCGCACUGCAUUGUACCCCUAAAGCUGGAUCAACACGAAUCUUUAAGAUAUAUACUGGUAGGCAGCAAGGUGGAUCAGCUGCCAAUCGAUGGCCCGAAAUUCUAUUCGAGGUGGCAGAAAGCUCUCUUAAAUGCGUUCAUUGAACGCACAAGUUUGAAUGAGGAACACGUUGUCCAUGUAUCCCUUGUCAGCGCACUGACGGGCUAUGGAAUGAACAGACUUCUUGACUUUUUGCUAUCUUCUAAAUUUUCUGCCAUGCUUUGCAACCCAUCAGUUGUCCGUCUCACCGUAAGAACCAAUUACGGUAUUUGCCUGGAAAGUACUGUUCUUUGCGCCGCCAAAUUGAUUCAAGAAAAUCAAAACCAUAAACGCCAUAACUAG